AUGGACAAUUGUAACUUAUUCAUUUUUCUGCAGUUUCUUUUUCUUCUUUUUCCUUUUCUUCUGGCUUCCUCGGCUCAGGAUAGACAGGUAUAUAUCGUGUAUCUCGGGGAGCAUCAUGGAGAUAAAACCCACCAAGAGAUAGAAGAAAACCAUCACUCAUAUUUGUUUUCUGUGAAGGAAACUGAGGAAGAUGCAAAAUCUUCUCUUAUUUACAGCUACAAAAACAGCAUUAAUGGCUUCGCCGCUUUUCUUACACGACAAGAAGCUUCCGAACUUUCGGAAAGGGAGGAGGUUGUGUCGGUUAUUCGGAGUCAUCCGAGAAAAUACGAAUUGCACACGACGAGGUCAUGGGAGUUUUUGGGCUUACAAGAGUCGACAAAUUCAAGAAAAAUUGAUAAAAACUCUUUGUUAUACCAAUCGGGAUAUGGCAAGGACAUCAUUAUUGGCAUGCUUGACUCGGGUAUUUGGCCAGAAUCUGAAAGCUUCAGUGAUGAAGGGAUGGACGACGUACCAAAGCAAUGGAACGGAACCUGCCAAGCUGGCGAAGCAUUCAACGCCUCGCAUUGUAAUAAGAAAAUCAUCGGCGCUCGAUACUACAUCGAUGGCUUCCUAGCCUACUACCACCAUCUUAACACAUCGGUCGACUGCUUCGACGAGGACAUUAUUGCCGCCUUCGACGACGCCAUAGCUGACGGUGUCCACGUCCUGAGCGCCUCGAUUGGGUCCACAGAACCCUCGUCGUACGAAGGCGACGGCAUCGCGAUUGGAUCCCUACACGCCGUCCGGAAAAAUAUCAUCGUGGCGCUCAGCGCGGGGAACGAGGGGCCCACAUCGGCCACCGUAGUCAAUCCGGCUCCGUGGACAAUCACUGUUGGGGCCAGCAGCAUCGACAGGGUUUUCUCGUCGGCAGUCGUGCUCGAGAGUGGCGUUCAAGUCCAGGGCCAAUCAGUGUCUCCUUAUCAGAUGGAAAACAAGAUGCAUCCAUUGGUUUUCGCGGGUGAUGUAACCGUGCCCAAAAAUGAAUCCGGGCAAUGUUUACCAGAUUCUCUUUCUCCUGAAAUGGUGAAAGGUAAAAUCGUAAUGUGCUUCAGAGGAGACGGGUCGAGAGUCGGCAAAGGCAUAGAAGUGAAAAGAGCCGGUGGCAUUGGUUAUAUCUUAGGAAAUAAUAAAGCUUACGGGAACCAAUUAUCUGCCGAUUCCCAUCUUCUUCCAGCAACGCACGUCACCUACGAAGAUGCUCUCCGUAUUCUGGAAUAUAUAAACACCACGAAACAACCAAAAGCGCUCAUCACGCCAGCUAAGACGAUUUUGGGCAACAUACGGGCACCUGUCGUCCCUGAUUUCUCCAGCAGAGGUCCCAACAUAGUAUCACCCCAAAUUUUGAAGCCGGACAUCACGGCUCCAGGAUUAAAUAUAUUAGCAGCAUGGAGCGGAGCAUCAUCUCCAUCAGGUGAGCCCGGAGAUAAACGGGUUGUAAAGUAUAAUCUUGACUGGGGCACAUCUAUGGCCUGCCCACACGUAGCAGGCGCUUUGGCCCUUCUCAAGGCCGUUCAUCCCGACUGGAGCAGUGCUGCGUUAAGAUCAGCUCUCAUGACUUCCGCAAGGUUGGUCGACAAUGAAGGAAAACCCAUUACGGAUGCAUCCGGCAGCCAGGCUGGCCCGUUCGAUUUCGGGUUGGGCCAUUUCGACCCAAACAAAGCAGUCGACCCGGGGCUCGUGUAUGAUGCAGCUUAUGAGGACUACCUUGUAUUCCUAUGCGGCAUUGGGGUUACGCUCGAAAGUUCCUUCGAAUGCCCGAAGAAAUUACCGUCUCCACUCGACCUCAACUACCCGUCAGUUGCCAUACCCGAACUCAAAAGCACAGUCACUGUCACUCGAACGGUGACGAAUGUGGGCCCCGCUCGGAGCGUGUACUAUUCCAGCAUAGAGCCUCCACCGGGGACCGACGUGAAAAUAUGGCCUUCGGAGCUGCAUUUUAACCACACCGGUCAGAAGAUAAGUUUCACCAUCACGGUAAAAACGGACGCGAAAUUCACCGGCAGGGUCGGGGUAGACAACUACACGUUCGGAUCGUACAAGUGGAGUGAUGGAGUUCAUGUUGUCCGGAGUCCUAUGGCUGUUUCACUUGCUCUCUAG